CUUUUAUGCGCGAACUUGAUCUGCGCCGAAGCGAGAAAACGGCGCGAGGCGAGCUUUUGCCAUCAAACCUGGAUCUUUUUGUGUGAAGGCAUACGUCGAUCCUCUAGUCUUCUACAACAAUGGCUUCUUCAAGUGAUAUUUACGUUAAGGAGCUGGACAAGCGUGCCUCAGGACAAGCUUUUGAGGUCAUCCUUGGGAGUCCUGCUCCAGAUGCCAAGGCUGCUGAGUUCCCUCUCUCUCCUCUGAAGAAGAAGGACCUUUCCUUGGAGGAGAUCCAGAGAAAACUAGCCGCUGCAGAAGAGAGACGCAAGUCUCAUGAAGCGGAGGUCCUGAAACACUUAGCGGAGAAGCGUGAGCAUGAGAAGGAGGUGCUUCAGAAAGCUCUAGAAGAAAACAACAAUUUCAGCAAGAUGGCAGAAGAGAAACUGAACCAGAAAAUGGAAGCCAAUAAAGAAAACCGUUCGGCCAUCAUGGCAGCCAUGAAUGAGAAGUUCAAAGAGAAGGACAAGAAGCUGGAAGAGGUUCGAAAAAACAAAGAAAACAAAGACGUCAACUGUGAAGAAAACUGAAAAACGUACAAUUACAGGGGAUCCUGAUGUUUUUUUUUUUUUACAUAUCCAAAGAUUUUUUUUUUCGAGUUCAUGUGAGGGGUCAUCAUGGGUCCAUAUUCAGAAAACAAACAAAU